AGCACCAAAAUAAAUCGGUAGGUGUCCUGAAGGCGGGCUGAGUGCAGGGUUCAGUGGAGUCUCAACUCCUCUGUCAUGUCAACGUGCACAUUGCUGCUGGUGUCUCAGGCAGGCUGUGGGCUCAACCAAUCCCUUCAGCCUUGUGAGCCUCCUCUGCAAAUGCAGAUCUCUGACUCGACUCGCAGGCUCUCUGGAGAAAGCAAACCUAUGGGAGAAUGUUUGGAGUGUUUCCCUUCUUCUGACCUUUGCCAGUGUUUUGGAGAACGGAUGUCUUUUGUCGAAAGUAACUUUACUAAAUACUUGGAAUCCUCUGCCUUUUUUAAAAACGAGCACUCAGAAGUAAACAUGCCCGCUGAACUGUGCUUUGGCCAUUCUGAGGUCUCUGGACAAGGAGGUCCUAAAAAGGAAAACCAGUCUUUGGAACGUCCUGCAGAAUUGUGCACAGAACAAGAAGCACUUCUUAAAUCUGUUGCUCCUCAAAACGCCAUUGAGAUGAACGAGGCUGAUGGACUUUGUAUUGAAAAUGGUCAAAUCAAUGGUGAAUUUUCAGACCAGUCUUGCUCUUCUGGAUACAGCUCUUUGUUGGACAGCUGCUCUGAGCACAGUGAGUGUUUUGAAAUUAGCAGUUCUUCAGUUGACUUGGUUGAAAUGAGCCAGAAUGAUGAACUUAGCAUUGCAUUUGAGCCAAGUGAUCAAAGUGAGAUUUCUGAACAUGAUGCUGAACAAUUAACUUUAUCCGAGAUAAGCCUAGAUGAUGUAGAACAACAAGAUGAUGCAGAACAGAUAAUUUUAUCUGAAAUUAAACUAGGUAAUUGUGACUCUUUUGAACAACAUGAUGCAGUACAGUGGGAGAUGAGCUCAGACCUUUGUGAGUUUAUUCCACAAGUUGAUGCAGAAGCCAUUCCAACCGAGUUGAGCCCAGAUGAUUUUGAAUCUUUACAAGAUGAUGCAGAACAAGCAAGUGAUGAAGAUCUUUGUGAUUCUUUGCUGCAUCAUGAAACACUUUCUGAAUGUGAUGCAGAAUAUCAGGACCAGCUCAGUGAGUGUGAAUACAGCAGUGUUGAAGACAGCUUAUCUGAUCAAAACGGUAUAGUUGAACUAGAUUCUGAAGACUGCGAGACAUCUAAACAGUCCGAGCCUAACAAUCAAAACAAGCUUGAUAAAUACCAUGCCACACAUUUUGAAUCCCCUGAUCUGUGUCAGGACUCUAAAGAAAGUAAGCCAUCUGACCACUGUGUAUCCCUUGAGCACACACAGCUUACUGGGCAAAUGGACACCACUGAUGACAGAGAUCUGCUAAACAGCCUAGAUGAUUGCACUUGUUCGUCGGAGAACUUUGAUUGUAGUCAGACCUUUGACUCCCCAACUGAAGGGCAUCAAGACUUUAACCGACUCUCUGAGCACAGCGAAUCUUCUGUGUGUUUUAAGGUUUUAGAACAAUGCACAAGCUGUGGAACGUACUUUGAGAAAUGUGAUGUCCGUGAACAAUGCACUCCUUCUGUUCACACAGACCGUUCUGAGGGCCCACAUCAAAGCAGACUUUCAGAAAACUGCUUAGAUUCUUCAAGAACACAUAGCUCUGUCUUUCACAACCCUGAAAUAACCAAAGAAAAUUUGCCUAUUUAUAGCAGAACUGAGGUUAGGAAACCAUCACAGUCCGAUGCCAUGUUUUCUGGAUCAAUGGAAGCUUUUGAGGCUCGGUGGCUUUCUCAAUUUCUUACUGAUCUUUUGAGACAUAAUAAGGAGAUUUCAAGUCCUUCUGCUGAAAUCAGCGAGUCAAAUGGAGAGCAGGAAAUUCCUGAAGUUGUAGAUUUUAAGCCUGAAGUUCAAGAUUUGGACAGCUGUAAGAAGCUCUGUAGAAAGUGUGAUGAGUUGAAGAAUGGAAAAUGUUGUAAUGAUGAAACUCUUAAUUUUUUUCAACUUGUUGAUGAUGAGGAGGUAAACUUUAAACAUCACUCAAAUGUGGGCAUCGCCUUGGAUGCAGUUACCACAGCAGCAGGUUCUUCAGAUGAAUCGAGCGAGGAGGAGUAUGGUGACUGCAUGGAUGGUAAAAGUCAAGGUAGCUCUGAAACUGAAUCGUUCCAAAGUUUUGUUGAGUCUGAAUCAUUUGAAGUCUUCUCCGAUCAACCAUGUGAUAAGGAAAACCUUCUUGAAGAGGAUGAUGAGUCCUUGAUUCAAAUUCUGCAGCCUGAGGAGUACACUGAUGAAGAUAACGCUGAAAAUUGUGUUACGUAUAUACAGGAAAGUUUAGAUGUUUGUGCAGAAGAAUGUGAGUCUGAUUCUGAGCAACAAGUGAUUGAAAAGAAAAUCAGUAAAACAUAUGCUGAAGCUGUAGCUGUUGGACUCCCAGUUGACCAGACUCAAAUCCAUGAAUGUGCCAAACCAGAUGAGGUCCAUGAAACUGAAGAUUAUGGGUCCGGUUUUAUGGAUGAAUGCUUUUCGUUGUAUUCUGAGAUCAAGGAAGAUGAAUUUUGCUACCGAAAUGGAGAGGUCGCUGAACCCCUUGUUGAUAUGCAAGUGUCCUGUGUUGCAGCUGUUAAAGGUUGUGGACUUGAAGAAGUGGUUGAAAAUGCUGUAGACAGUGGAGAUUCCACAGAACUGUGUGCUGUGAAGGACACGUCUGAAGGAGCUGAUACCUUAGAAUCACCUGUUGAAGAAAAUACAUUGUUGGAAAAUGAGGUCAGUCAGGAUUUAACAGAAUAUGACAGUUCUGAGAACACUGAAAACGUUCAAGAUCUCAGUUCUGUGGUUGAAAUCGAGUUUGAUGAAACUGAUGGGGCUCAUGGGCCUUGUUGUGGAGAGAUUGAAACUACUGAAGAUGAAGAGACAACCCCGUUUGACUUUGAAGAUGUUGUGGGAUGUUCUGAGGAAGGCGACGAAGGUAAAGAGACCCCAACUGCUGAUCAACUGGUCUCUUGUGCCUUUGAGGAGCUGCAAGAUGGUCAGCAAGACUUCAAUACCGAGCCAAAAGACACUUCUGAGCUCCUUCAUCCUCCUGGAACAGAUGGUCUGUCUGAGAACAACCAGAAAACAAAAAAAUUAGAGGAACUUAUACAUCAAGUUGCAAGAAGUGAAACAUCUGAACAAGACACGUUAUUUAAGUCUGACCAAAAAAACAGUGAACAGAGUUAUUCUUAUGAGGAGAGUGAUGUAUCUGAAGAUGAAGAGUACCCAGAGGACUGUGAUUGUGAAUUCUGUCUUCCACCCAUAGAUCAGGUCCCAGCCAAACCACUUCUUCCACAGAUAAAGUCUAAAGAUGUAGGGAAGAUCUGUGUAGUCAUUGAUCUGGAUGAAACACUAGUCCACAGUUCAUUCAAGCCGGUAAACAAUGCUGACUUUAUCAUUCCAGUGGAAAUUGAUGGGACAGUACAUCAGGUGUAUGUGUUGAAGAGACCUCAUGUCGACGAGUUCCUCAAACGAAUGGGGGAACUGUUCGAGUGCGUGUUAUUCACUGCAAGCUUAGCCAAGUAUGCUGAUCCCGUCUCGGAUCUGCUGGACAAAUGGGGAGCUUUCCGAAGCCGUCUUUUCCGGGAAUCUUGUGUGUUCCACCGUGGAAAUUAUGUCAAGGACCUAAGCCGUUUAGGCAGGGAUCUCAACAAAGUCAUCAUUGUGGACAACUCGCCAGCCUCCUACAUCUUCCACCCAGACAAUGCUGUACCUGUAGCCUCCUGGUUUGAUGACAUGUCCGACACAGAGCUGCUGGAUCUUAUCCCUUUCUUCGAGAGACUGAGUAAAGUGGAUAAUGUCUACACUGUGCUGAAGCAGCAGAGGACUACUAGCUAGCACGACACUAGGCUAGCCACUGUCACUAUGGGGCCAGGGAGGCUGCUGGGCUCGGAGCACCACAGUGCUUCCCCUUAACAGGACCAGCCACUAGCUCAGUCCUCAUCACCUACCCAGAAUUCCAUUCACAUGAUGUUUAAUAGAGAAAAAGAAGUUGAAAGACAGAACUGUGAAGGACUGCUUUAGCUAUUA